GUCGAGCAGGGGCGCAGGUAUGACCUGUCUUAUACAGUCUAUGGGUAUGACAUGAAACCGGUGUAACCGAAAGUAGAUUAAUUGGGUUAUUGUGUUGUCACACCGUGGCCAUGGAAGGCUUAAACAUGGAUUUGCUGUAUAGUCCAUUGAGCGUUGGUGUAGUAGCAGGACUGGGCUGUGGACUGUUGCUCGGUUGGCACCUUCGGGGACGCUUUGGCCCAGUAUCCAAAAACCUGAUGACAGCGACGGUAAACGGCACCGGUGAGGAAAGUGUGAUGGGAGAAGGUGGCGAGUUCAAGAUGAUUCUGGUGGUCCGUAAUGACCUGAAGAUGGGCAAAGGAAAGGUCGCUGCCCAAUGCUCCCAUGCUGCCGUAUCAGCCUACAAGCAAGUCCAACGCAGGAACCCCGAGCUUCUCAAACAGUGGGAGUACUGCGGCCAGCCCAAGGUGGUGGUGAAGGCUCCUGACGAGAACACCCUGAUUGAUCUGCUCGGUCAUGCCAAAGAAGUAGGGCUUCCUGUUAGCCUGAUCCAGGAUGCAGGAAGGACACAAAUUGCACCUGGAUCACGCACUGUGCUGGGUAUCGGUCCAGGCCCAGCUGAUCUGAUUGAUAAUGUCACUGGAGACUUGAAGCUCUACUAGAGUUCCAGCUUGCAUACUAUUUCUUUGUUGUCAAAACUAUUUGCAGUGCAAACUAAGUUAAGCUACUACACGUUUUUAUUUUUUAUAAGAACAAUUGACUCAGUUACAUCUCAACUACCUGUACUGUGCAGUUUUGGGGGCUUUGUGCUCUUAAUGCCAAUGGUAUCAGGAAUCAGUUGACUCUUGGAUCACAGUUAUAACAGCUUAACAUGUAUUUCUUUACUGAUAUUUCUGUGACAGUAAAGUUUUUAUGCUGCAGUCCUCCA